AUGGGGAACAACAGCUCUCAUGAUGCUGAGGAUUCCUCCCUGGACGUCAAAAAGCUGCAUGCGGAACUUCUGCAGCUACGAGCCGAGGUGAAGGAGCUUCAGACUGAAAACCAGGGUAAACUUCUACACUUUAGAAGAAUAUGUAUAUAUGUACAUGUGGACGACUCCUGUCUGAAUAAAUUGAAGAAAGUGGCUUUCUCUGCUGCGUUGCUGGAGAAAGGUGAUCAGAUGUUUGGACCGUUUAAUGCUGAUACGACUCUUGUGUAUAAAUAUGUUACUACAAACAUUGGAAAUGGCUACAACCCAGUAACAGGCAUCUUCACAGCUCCGGUUAAAGGAGUGUACCACUUUCAAUUUUUUGCGCAGUGCUGUAGUCAUCCAGCUGAAGCUUAUCUGAUGAAGAACGGGUGUGGUGUGUUUAUGGCCCAUGAGAGCAGUGAGGGCGGGUCCACCUCUGCGGGGAACGCAGUCUCACUCUCUCUGGACCUUGGAGAUGUGGUUUAUGUCGUUUUACCUUGCGGCCGCAAACUUCACGACAACGACCAUCACCACAACACGUUCAGCGGUCACCUGCUCUUCACACUGUGAUGUGCCGCUCACAGGGGCAGCAGUCGGGACCUCCAGACUUCCCUCACCCCAGACAUCCUCCAGGGAUUGAGAAUCAUGUUGACAUAUCAAAGCACGCGAUAAUAAAUAAAACUUUAAUGUCUUAA